AUACCAAAAGUGACGCAGAAUUUCGACUAUCUCUUAGUGCUAGAUUUUGAAGCCACUUGUUGUGACGAUGGAAAAAUACUUCCUUAUCAGGAAAUCAUAGAGUUCCCGGUUGCGAAGCUUGAUGUUCGCUCGUGGACGGUCAAUUCGUAUUUCCAUCAAUAUGUGAAACCAACUGUCAACCCCGUCAUCACAUCGUUUUGUACACAUCUUACUGGUAUCAUCCAGGAAAUGGUCGACGAACAACCAACUAUUGACAGGGUUCUGAGCGAUUUCGACGACUGGUUGAAGAAGGAAGGUGUGCUUGAUUCACGGUUUGCUUUUGUGACAUGUGGCGACUGGGAUUUAGGUGUAAUGUUGCCUUCGGAGUCAGCGAAUAAGCAUUUAUCGCUCCCAAGUUACUUCGACAAAUGGAUUAAUGUGAAGAAGUCUUAUUGUGAACAUAGUGGAACGUUUGCCAAAGGUCUAAAAGACCUCCUGCGAAUAUACAAUUUGCAACACGCCGGGCGACUUCAUAGCGGUAUAGACGACGUGAAAACUAUAUGCUCUUUAACGUCAGCUAUUGCUCAGGAAGGAUAUGUUUUCAGGAUCAACGGCUCAAGAACUGAUGAUUUGGAAGGGAAGCGAGUUUUCAAGAACGUAUCCGUGUAG